AUGAGGGUCUUGCUUUCCAUCCUUGGGGUCCUUGCCUUAUUGUCCGUGGUUCCUCAAGCCAGGAGCUUUUUUCACGGAAGCUGUCCUUCAGGAUACUAUAACUGCAGAAUGAAGUGCAAUGCAGAUGAAUAUGCAAUUAGAUACUGUGCUGACUGGAGUAUCUGCUGCAGAGCGAGGAAAUCUGAGUCCAGGAGAAAAAAGAAGUGAUGAAAAAGUCUUAACGCCAUCUUCCUCAAGCUCCAGGAAAGAAAAAUAAAAAUGUUUAAAACUCCCUUGUCUAAAUAAGAAUAACUCAUAUGAUGGAUAAAGGAAACUCAUGGUAAUUAUAUGUGUAGAUGGUCAGGUUAAAGUAAAUACUUUAU